AUGAUCCUAGUGAAGAGCCUGGCCCUGUUUUGGCUGUGGCCCCUGACGUGGAGUGACUUCGUCGGGGAAGUGCGGUUGGACCUGGAGCUCAGCGCCCGCUGUGCAGACUCGUCCGUUGUAGUCCUACUGCAUCCUGGGUGCGAUCCCUCCCCAUCCUUCCCGGCCGUCAUCCUCCAAACCGAUCCCAUCUCCGGCAAUGCCACAGUGGUCUAUGGGUGGAGUUCAGACGGGCAGGAAGCCUGGACAAGAGCAACCCUGGUGCCGAUGGCAGGAGCCACAGCUUACGACUGCUUGCAGGAGGAGUGGCAGCCAGACGGCCAGCGAGGGCGGGGCUACGACUUCCUGCCGACCUGUCCGGGAUUCCCCUGCGUCACAGGCUGCUUGGUUUCGUCACCGGAGGCCUGUGAUGGACGAAGCCGUCUAGAGCAGGGUGAGAACUGCAGUGUGCCCUGCGAAAAAGAAGGCUUGGUGAACCUCACGUGCGAUGGCCUUGCCUGGCCCGAGCUCCGCAGUACUGUCUGCACGGCCGAAGUCAUCUUCUGCGACGAGCUGAAUGGCACUUCACCGGAGGUGCCCUGUGAAAGCCGCGGCAGCACCACCUCCUCCACCACCUUGGCGCAAGCGGAUCGCCGCUUCCGCGGCUGCUCAGAGUUGGUGGAGCUUUCGCCUGGAGUGGUAGGCAUGCCCGACAACCGCAUGGUGUCGGGUGCCUACUACCUAGAGAUCGGUGUGGAGACCGGAGCUGAGGUCGCCGGUUUCGUGGACGCGUCCUGGCGCCCUACGGAACCCGGGCACCAAUGGUUGUCAACGCCAGGUGGCCAGGAGGCUGGCUACAUAGGGCUUGCGGUGCGGUUCGUGGGCGAAGGCCUUGCCGAAGUUCGUUUCUCCUGGGAUGGCGUCUGGGGCGGGCCAGAGCAGCUUCAGUUCGACGAGCACCUGAUCUUGGUAGUGUUCACCACAGAAGCCACCACCUGGCACAUUCCACUCUUCUCAUGGCGGCAUCUGGCUCCAUCGAUCUUCUACGCACCGCUCACGCAGAGACCUUUCCCUGAGGUUUGCCACUUCCCACUGCGCUUCCAAAUGAUGGCGACACCUCCUGUGUGCCGGGAUGGGCUCUUGCCGUUGGAGCUUCCAGAAGAUUGCCAGACUGCAGGAUUCUACCUGGGCGUGGCCAUCCCUCAGGUUCUUGUUGUCGACUUCCCCGGCUAUCCGGCCAACUGCUUCUUCUGCCAGGAGUGCGAUCAAGGGGAUUUGUAUUUCAACAAUGCCUCCAUAGAAGAGACGGCUACGGAGACGAUCCGCGCAGCUCCCUUGGCAGCUGCUAUUUGCUCGGAUGGACCCCUACGGAGUACGACGGAGGCUGCUGGGAAUGUCUCCAUGUUCACCGAAGAGUUUCGCUUGGGACGCGGCCGCUGCCGACAGGGCUACAACCUGAUUUCGGACGCCGCGCUUUGUGAACGGGCAGCCAAAGAGAUGGCCCUGGUCUUCGAUGGUACAGUGGCUGUGGUCAACUGGCCUGCGGCUUUGGGCAGCGUGGAGAACAAUUGGCCAGUGGGCUGCUUUUAUUGCCCGCUUUGUGACAUCGCGCACGUCUUCUUGAAUCGGGGGCUUCAUGCAGGCAACACUACUGUCGACGAGCCGGCUUCCACGACGGGACCUGCCGCAACCGAGGCAUCUGCUGCGGUGCAGCUCCUCUGUAGCGCUCCGGCG